UCUGCUUUCAGAAAACAUAUUCUUCACACAACUCAAAUGGAUCGCUAAUUUGGAGUUUCUGUUUCAUUUUUCAUUUAGUGUUGUUCCACGUGUGUGUCUAUUACAGUAACGUUUUUUUGAGAGGUGCUGAUUAGAUGGGGUAAAAACAAAGUUGUUUUGAUUAACGGCGGAGGGUUUUGUGACUUGAUUGCUGCACCACCAAGCUCUUCCUGGUUGUGACUUUUUAAAUAAAAUACACACUAACAUUGAAAAAUCACGCUGUAACUAACUGGAUUAAAAAACGUGGAGUUUGGUAUUCACAGUUAUAAUGGAAUUCUACUAGCUUUACUUACAACGUGUUAUUCUUGUUAAUAAAAAUAUACACAAUGUCGUUUCAAACAAAGAAGGUCGGAAGAAAUGUAGCUUUUCAAGGGAAAAAAAAGAUCUGACUGAGGGAAAAGCAGAGAAGGUUCUGUAAAAUGGAAAAUGAGAAAAACAGUUCUGUGCCGUCCACAGAUCUUUUUGAAAGCAUAUCCCCAGGAUCAAGUGGCUUCAUAGAGAACAUCCUUCCUGUACUGCAAAAUUCUUACAUGAACCCGGAGUCUGCAAAAUGUUUCAGCUAUAACCAUGCUUAUCUAGUAAAAAAUGAUGUUCUUCUGGACAAGUUCAAUUUCAGUUACGUAGAAAAGAAGAAAAAAGGGUAUAAGCCUGAAGAGCUCGAAGAGUCUUUUGGCUUCCUUCUGUGUGAGCAGGAAAAACAGGCAAAACAGCUCUGUGAAACUGGUUUGAAAGCUGGAAAUAGUUCAUGCUCUACACUAGGGGAUCCUACAAAGGGUGUUUAUGUUUCUAAAUAUUCUGACUGCCUAGACCUAAAGCCAUGGCACAAUGGAAAAUCUGGCUACAUUGUCAUUUUCAGACUUAUAAAGGGUAGAGUAAAAGCAGUGACAGAAAACUACACUGCUAAUUUUCCAAAACCAUCUGUUGGUUACGAUUGCCAUGUCUCUGAAAAUAUUGGGACAAUCUCUUCAACAAGUAGUUCUUUUCAAGCCUAUGAAAGCACACAGUAUUAUAUGUAUGAGUUGCAGAACGGUGCUGCCGUCUCUUGCCCCAGACACAUUUGUCCGUUCGCCAUUGUCAGCUUUCUAUACAGUGAUUCAAAAUCCUCUAUAUCAGUGUUAAAAAACGGAAAAAGUGCUACUCAAGACAAAACAGCUUGGCACUACUGUACUUGGAGAGGCCAGAUCAGGAUCAAAGACCACUCCCUAGUGUAUCAUGUAGCUCUCAAGUCAUACACCGGUGCAGUAAUCCCAUCCAUGCUACCAGAGAAACUAAAAAUUGACAGUGUUAUGAAACUUUGUGAUUUGAAGAAAGCAUUACCAGAGGCGACCUUCAAAAGAGAAAGUUACCAUACAAGUGAAGUUUGCUUGGAUGGAAUGUACUGCAGUUUGUAUGAAGUGGUAAAUUCUGCCGAGGAGGAGGGCCAGCUUCGUUUGUUAACAGAAGAACUAAAAGAAAAAGAAUUGGCACUUGCUCAACAAUUAAAUGACCACGGGCUACUUCUGUUUUUAGCUUCAUCGUCUUUUGAGCUGGAUGAAGAGAAUACCUAUGAGAACGAUCAUGCACUACAAGCUUUGUUUGUAUUUCCGAACUCAAGAACAGUUACAAAAGCUAUGAAGGCUCCUUAUUUUGUACGAAAAUCUGAGGAUCUGAUUUCUCGUGAUGUAAUGCGGAUUUUGCCUGCCCUUAAUUACGCAGAAAUGAAAGCUGAAAAAUUCCAAACUGAUCAGAAAACUCCUCCUUGUGAGUUGGUGGAGCAACACUUGCAUAACUAUGCAACUAUAACUCGGCCAGGGAUCACAGACUCAAGUCCCGUUAGAGAGCUGUUUCCAUUGGCUGAGCAAUAUGAUGUGUCCAGAGUGGAUAAACACCUCUACAGAACUGCAAAAUGUCCUAAAUCGGCAGUUGCAAACUUGAAGUCCUAUUUCAGUGGAUCAGACACUUACGUGGUACCAGUAUCAAAAGCUUUAGAGCUGCUGGCUGUAUAUCAGAAUGAAGCAUGUGAAGAUGCAGAUGAUGACUGUGAGAUUAUCUGCUAUUCUCCUGUGUCUUCACCAGAGGCAGAACAGCAUAUGUGCUGGAGUGAAGGUGACCUUGAUGAGCAAAUUAGAACUUUAGAAAGUGAAAAUGCAUCCUCCCAUGAGCAUAUUCACAAGGAAGGCAAGGGCUUAGAAAUGGCAAUUCAGGAAGCCCAGGGAGGAGAUGCUGAAAGAAUGGAGAUAACAGGGGCUCAAGGCACAGAUCAACAAGAUGCUUUGUCCAAUAAUAACAGAUCUAAAAUAAUAAAAACAAGAUGCAAUAAAAUGCCUUCAGGCAGCAGCAGAAAAAGAAAGAAGCCUGUAUUACCUGCUGGUACCAAAACAGAAGGACCUAGUAAACAUACUAAAAGAAACGACAUUGAAAAGGGAAAUAAACCUAUGGCUUCAGUGGAUCAGCAAGGUGCAGAUAAAAAAGAACGUUGCAGUAAAAGGUUAGCAAAAACCAAUGGUGCAAAAGGAAAGAGGCCAUUGGAUUCUGACGAUCAGAUUCACCCAAAAGAGACAACCACUGGAGAUGAGCUACAUCCGUUGAAAAGAAAAAUGAAAGGGGAGAGUUAUCGGUAUGGAUUAAAAAAUAUUAUAACAGAUUGUGGUAGAGUUUUUGUUCCACAUGGUUCAAAGGUGUUGCAUACAGAUCUUAUACCAACUGAACAAACCACUGGAGCUGAGGGUUUAUGUAAAACUCACCUGUGCAAAGAAGACAGUCUAGCUAGUGGAGCAGAUUCAGAUUUGACACAGUCAGUGACAGAAAGGAGCCACAAUGCAGCAGACAGAAUAGCUCCAAGUGAACCUGAAAUACAGAAAGAGAGUGAGCAACCCAAGGAUAUACAGGUUAAAGAAAAUGAGUUAAUGGAUAUUCUAAAGAAACUGCCGCCCUGUAAAACAGGUACAGGUAGAGGUGCGGACAGUGUAAAGAAACAAAAACCACUGGAUCUUACAGAACAGGUGGUUGCUUUGAUUGAUCCUAAAGAAACGCCCACUACAGAUAAGCCAAGUUCACCGAAAAGGAAAAAACAAAAUGAUAGCAACAGAGAAAACUGCAAGUUAGAAAUUGUUGGUGUCAACUGUGGAAAAUCGGUCAGUCCACAAAGUGUGCAGGCAUUGAUUACUGACUCGAAAUCAGAGGAGCCUACCAUUGGGUCAGAGGAGAGGCCUAAAACCAGAAAAUACCGAAGAAAAAAGCCAGCUGGAGAAGCGGAUUCCUCCAAAUCGACCAAAACAAUGGCAGAAACCAAGAACAGCAGCAGAAGGGGAAAGAAGCCAUUGGCCCCUGCAGGUCAGAAGGUUUCUGUGAUUAAUCCAAUUGAGAAUAACAUUGUAGAUGGACUCAGUCCUCAGCCAAGUAUCCAGCAGCCUAAAAAACAAGUAACAAAACAAAGAAUUGUAAAAGCGUUCAAAGAAAGAGUGAAUUUUCAGACCAGGAUAGCUAAAUACAUGAAAGAAAAUGGAUGGUUGAAUUUUGAAACUCAAUCAGAUUCUUCAGAUAAUCAAAAUACACAAACUAGUCCAUCAGAGCAACCCAUGCUUGAUUUUGAAAGAAAUACAAGGCUCAGUCAGCCCUCGGAUGCACUUAACUUACUGGCUGAUUUGGCUCUUAUCUCAAAUACCUCAGGAACUGCUCAUGCAGUGCAAGCUAGUGAGACCUCAGAUGUUUCUAAAAACGUGAAUACAAGUGCCUGUCAAGAAAAUGUUUCAAUUACAGACAAGCAUGUACAAAGCCACACAGUGCUAGAUUGUGAAGCAAAGCUUGGCCCAACAAGUUUGGCUAGUUGUGAAACUUUGCGGCAAGUUUUGUUGAACAGUAAUAUACAUCCGAAUCGCCCAAGAACUCAAUUUCCUGAAGGACUUCCAGUUACUGAAGAGCUGAUUCUUGGUGUGAUAGUUAAAGAGCAUUCCUAUUCACAACCUUCAUCAGUGCUGAAGGGUUUAACAGAACAGCCACCUUUGGUCUCAACAAAUAGUGCUGGAUCUUCAAAAGCUGAAUCGGAAAAUGUGAAUGAAGUUACCUUAGUUGGAAGAGUUGCACCUUUCAUACAUCAGCAGCAACCCUGUUAUGACUAUCAGAAAUCCAAAAAAGAUCCGUCCUUUUCUCAAAAUAUGCAGGAAUCAAGUUGUGUAAAAACAGGCGUGCCUCGGGUUGUUUUUGAAGUGAAUGGAAUUCUUAAGGUGACAAGAGAGUGGAAAGAGAAUUACGAGUUUGCAUUGGAUAGCAAAUACAGCAACGAUCCUCUGGAUAAAUGUGUGACUCGGGCCCUCCAUGGACCAUGGAACUUUAAUAUCGAGGAAACAUUUGAGCAAGUGCACCUUAUCCUUCAUAUGUGGAUUGGUCUUUUCUACAGCAAGUCUACUUUGAGGUUCUUUCAGACAGAUACAGUUCAGAGCAAUCAUCAAUCGAAAUGUUUAUUCCAGAUCUCUCCUUCUAAAAGUGGAACUCAGAGAGCACUCCCAGCUGUCAGUUGUGACUCUUGGAUUAAACACCAGAGUCUUCAGGUGCCAUCUGUUAUUCAGAAAGCUGUAAAAGAGCUCAAUAUGGAGGCACUGGAUGGAAGGGAGCAAAUUAAUGAAGCAUUAGAUCUCACUGAGACCAAUUGCAAAGCACUGGAUCUUACUGUUCCAAAAAACACAAAGAACAUGGUUCCUCGCUCUACCAGUGAACGGGUGCCUUCUGAAACUCCAGAGGAAAGCUGGGUCAGUAAUUACUCGGACAGCCGAAAUGAAAAUAUAGAUUAUACACAAUUGCAAGAUACAAACACCACCAAAGCCUGGAGUACUGCUGGCGAAUAUUCAGACAAGGAUUGCAGAGUCAAUGUUGGGCUACAUAAAGAAAUGGAGGAGGUUGAAGAUGAUAACACAGAUGUAUCUUAUAUGUACCCGAUCAGAUUCUUGGAUACUGAUAAGGAGUACAUUGAGUUAUGUAACAAAGCAACAAAUGUGUGUAUUGCUGAGGGGAAACUCUACAGUGGAGUACAGAGGACGUUAGUCAAUGACUGGAUGAAGAGACUUGCCUUAGUGGCUGUUCCAGUUGUUAACGAAAGAACUACAAAGAGAACCUGUAUACAAGCUGAGAAACUAGUUCACAUAUAUACCACUGGUCCAGAGGGCAAAGAAAGAAAGAUGUGCAAAAAAGAUGAGAAAUCUUAUAAUUUAACUGCAGCACUAAGGACUGAAAAAGAGAACACCAUCUCACAACCCAUAGAAACUGUUGGAAAUUCUGGUGAGGCAGUGGCUGUUACGCACAGCGACAAUGGAGUAGUUGUCAGUAUGCAAAGCCCAAUGAUAGAACAAUUAUUGGAGAGGAAUGAGAAUCGAAGGGAAGCAAUAUUGUCAGACACUGAAGUCCAGGACAGCCUUUCUUCAGAUGAGUCUGUGGUGGAACAAAACAUGUGCCAAGAAAAUGAGAGUUCUUGGAUUUUAACUGCAGCUCCAAGAAGUGAAGAAGAUGACAACAUCUUCCCAAAACUCACAGAAAAUAUAGAAGAAUCAGGGGGGGCAGUGACUGUUGUGCACAGCGGAAAUGGAGAAGAUAUCAAUCUGCAAAGCCCAAUGAUAAAAGAAUUACUGGAUAGCGAUGAGAAUCAAAGGGAAGCAAUAUUGUCAAUCCCUGAAGUACACAAAGAUAUUUCAUCGGAUGAGUCUGUGGUGGCACAAAAAUUGUGCAGAGAAAAUGAGAGGUCUUGGAUUAUAAUGGCAGCACCAAGGAGAGAGAAAGAAAACACCAUCUCAGAACCCACAGAAACUAUAACAAAUUCUGGAGCGAAAGUGUCUGUUGUGCACAGCGAAAAUGGAGAAGAUAUCAAUAUCCAAAGCCCAAUGAUAGAACAACUACUGGAUAGGAAUGAGAAUCAAAAGGACCAAUGUUUGUCAGUCCCUGAAGUCAACGAAAACCUUUCGUCAGACAAGUCUGAGGUGGAACAAAAAAUGCACAUGGAAAAUGAGAGUUCAGUUAAGAUCCAAGAAGCACCAAGGAGUGAAAAAGAUGACAUCUCAGAACCUGCAGAAACUAUUGCAGAUUCUGGUGAGAUAGUGGCUGUACUACACGGUGAAAACGGAGACACUGUCAGUAUGCAAAGUCCAAUGAUGGAACAAUUAGUGGAGAGGAUUGAGAAUCAAAGGGAAGCAAUAUUGUCAGACACUGAAGUCAAACACAGCCUUUCCCCAGAUGAGUCUGCGGUGGAACAAAACAUGUGCCAAGAAAAUGAGAGUUCUUGGAUUUUAACUGAAGCUCCAAGAAGUGAAGAAGAUGACAACAUAUUCUCAAAACUCACAGAAAAUAUAGAAGUAUCAGGGGGGGCAGUGACUGUUGUGCACAGCGGAAAUGGAGAAGAUAUCAAUCUGCAAAGCCCAAUGAUAAAAGAAUUACUGGAAAGCGAUGAGAAUCAAAGGGAAGCAAUAUUGUCAAUCCCUGAAGUACACAAAGAUAUUUCAUUUGUGGUGGCACAAAAAAUGUGCAGACAAAAUGAGAGGUCUUGGAUUAUAAUGGCAGCACCAAGGAGUGAAAAAGAUGACAUCAUCUCAGAAUCCACAGAAACUGUUGGAAGUUCUGAUGGGGAAGUUGCUUUUAUGCACAGUGAACAUGGAGAAGAUAUCAAUAACCAAAGCUCACAGAUGGAUGCAUGUCUGGAUGGCAAUGAGAGUCAAAGGGAAGAAAUAUUGUCAGACCUUGAAGUACACAAAGAUAUUUCAGCAGAUGAGUCUGUGGCGGGUAGUAAAAAGAAAGGUUCACAACUAUCAAAUAAACCAGCUCAUGAUUAUGGAGGCUGUUGUUGGUACUCUGAAUUUAAAACAGAUUGUGCACCUGUCAGCCACUUCAGAAAGGAAAGUCUUUGUAGUGAUUCUGAAGAAGCAAGCUGUGUUGUCUGCAGUGAGGUUUUAGACCAGAAUUCAGCAUUCAGAGAGACUCAAACUGAACUUGUUGGAAAUGCAGAAGAAAAUGAAGGCGGUAUAAAGGCACAUAUCUCAAACAGAGGGAAGCAACACACUAGUACAACAUAUUUGCAAAAUAUGAUGGAUGUGGAUAAUCUGGCCAAUUCUUCUGUUGUUCAUAUCACGGAUUGUUGGGGCAGCCAAAAAACAUAUGCAAACUUCUCAAUUGUUAAACUUAGAGAGAAUACAUGUGCUAGAACUUUUCAAAACAAGCAGAAGGAGAACUGGCAACUUCAAGGAUUUAACUUCUUAAAAUCUUGGGAAGAAAUGCAUUACACUGAACCUGAUCUUACUCAGAACACGUUAGACCGGGAAUACUUGUAUUUUUCUGAUAAACUGAAUCAAAUCACCAAAAGGAAUAAGCACACUGAUCUUUCAAAAGCAUCACUUGUAAAUGGUAGAGCAGUUAGUCCAUUAACCGUAACUUUUUCAGAUUUAGAUGUUGUACCAGAUGACUCACUUCAGACCACUUAUUUACCCUUGAGAAAUCACCAAAUAACAGUGGAUAUGCCUCAAAGAACCGCAAUACAAGAAGCUAAUAAAAUUAACGAAUUUGGUAACGAUGUGACACUUCCGCAUCUUAAGAAACUAUCCUAUGUCAAGGAUAUGAGAAGAAAAAAGUGCGAGGUCUCAGACAUCACAGCCAAAUGUUUUCAAUCACAUAUGUCAUCAAUGAGUCAUGUUUGUUCUGGAAAGGGGAAAGAACUGGAUUUGGGUACUACCAGUACAGACAGUCGUAACAGAAAUAAGGACUUUCUGCAGUCUAGCACAAGGAAGCCUCUGCCAUUUCAGAAAGUCAUAGAUCAUUUAUGUACUGGCCUCCACCAAAGCCUGAAUGCUGUAGUAAAGGAGUCGUUUAAAACCAAGUUCAAGUUUUACAUCGUUGAAACAAAGAUUGAUGAAUUCUUUGAGAACGUUAAGAAAAUUCUUAAGAAAGAAGGCCAUGCUGAAGUGCAACUGUCUUACUUUGAUCAGCCGGAUGAGUGUCCAUCGAGCCCCCUGAUCAUUAUCAUAAGGAAUGAAGAUAUCGCUAAACAUGUGCACAGAAUUCCGCACUUGGUGGAUCUGAAGAAGUUGCCAAAUGUUUUGUUUGCCGGUGUUGACAGCAUUGAUGAUGUCCUCAGUUUCAACUACCAGGAGCUUUUCAACCAAGGAGGGUUUGUUGUCUGUGAUGGUGCUGUACUGGAAGGUCUAGAAUUAGAGCAUUUGAAAGAAUUAGCCAAUGUACUGGAAGAGCUAAACCAGCAGGGAAGGUGGAAGUGGUGGCUGCACUACAAGGAUAGUAAAAUGAUCAAGGAAAAUGGAAGAACAGUUUCUACAGGCCAUGCCAAAAAGUUCUUCAUGGAUUGCUGCCAGGAAGCAGGCAUUGUGGAAGUUCUUCCAUACCAUGAAUGUGACCUCAUUUCCCAAAGGAAGCCAGAAUAUUUGAACUGCAUGCUGCGUCUACAAGUUCAGCACAUCACUGCCAGGUUUGCCAUCUUCAUAACAGGUGAGGCAGAUGACGCGUAUGGAAACAAUGGUUUGUUAGCCAUGGACAUAAACACGUUUUUAACACAUUUCAAAACAUUUGAAUGCUAAAAUGACAAAACGUUCAAGACCGUUUUGAGCAUGAGGUACAUUCCAGGAAUCUUUUAAGCAAAUUAUAAUUUCCAACCAAUCUCCCCCUGUGCAAAAACAGGUUAUGAUUUAAAGAUUAGUGUACUGGUUUUCCUUGCUUUAGCGGGGUGACCUUAUUUUAAUAUUGCCAUAACUAGCAGUGGAAGCUUUCACUGCAGGGUUGGGGGUAAAAUACAGUGUUACUAGAUGCAAAGCAUGUUAGUCAGUUAGGGAAGCUCAGGGUUGGUUUGUGACUGGGAAAAAAGUGUUGAGGUGGAAUAGGCAAUUUCACUCUGCAGUAGAAUUACAAGACAUCUUAAAGGUGAACACAUGCAAGCAGUGGUACCUUUUAACCUAGUGUUGUACCAGGUAUACUGUUUUAGAUUACAAAGACAUGCAUUGUCAUGAUAGUAGUAUGGCAUACAUUAAAUGUAAAGAAACAAAAAAAAUGUAAGGGUCUUUCACCAGUACUCUUCCUUUGUCAGUAAGUGCAAUAAGAUGGGGUCAGGUGGUUCAGUAAGGAGAGGUGCCCCAUCUUAUUGCAUGAAUUCCCUGCAUCAGUAGCAUGACCAAUACAGCAGGUGAUCUACUUGCAGUGAGUAGUUUUAUUGUACAGUCCUAGGCUAAAGUAACACUACUUUAAAUAUGUAUUACAUAUUAAUUUUCAUAAGAAAGAAAAACACUUGUUUUAGUCCCUUAAGCUUAGAAAAGUUUAACUUUAUCUUGUAAAAAAUUUUUUUUUUUAUUAUUUUUUUUUAUUGUAAAUGUAUCAUUUAUGUUUGUGGUAUUGUUUGUUUAGGGUGCUAUGUAUAAUGUAUUGUUUGUUUUUAUAAUGCUACAUGUUGAUAUUAUAUUUAAUGAUGUUUACACCUACAUGUUGAAGUUUAGUUUGUAAUAGUUUGAAAAGAUUGGUAUAAAAGGUAUUGUACAUUUAAAAAUAAAAAGGCACAGCCAUUAAAUUUUUGUAACUUUUUUUUAAAAAUGGCAGCUCACGUUCUUUUAGUACCAAGUUAGGCUGGCUGUUUUUCAGAAUCCCUCAAAGUACAGGUAGUAAGCAAAGCAAAUUGAUUUGUCUUGGUUUCGCAAAAAGUGCCUUUGUAUACAUAUUUUUGUUCCAUAAAACUAAAUCUCUUUUUCGACUAUUUACCUAACCAAGAUUUCUUCUCCAAAGAAAUAUGGAUUGUUAAAUGUCACUUGUCACGGGCCUAUUCUGUUUGCUAUGACAAGAUCCUCCAGAGACAGGGAAACAUUUCUUUUGACAAAGAAUAUCUUUAUGGUUCCAUUUUACACUUGACUUAUAAUAAUUACCAGUUGAGAAAUGUUUAUAUAUAUAUAUAUAUAUAUAUAUAUAUAUAAAAUAUUGCACGAGUGUUAUUAACCAAAUAACUACAUAAUAGCUUUAGAAUACCAUUGUCAUGUAUCCAAGUCCUCAUUUUAAUUUGUAUAUAAUUAAAAAUGUUUUAUGUUCCUCUGUAAUUGUGUUCCAACAAACAAUACCAUUGUUAAUAAAAUAUCUGACUG